UACACGCAACCGAUCCUUGGUGACAUCAUUUAUCUGCGCCACGCAGCUGGGAUAGCGAUGGCGGUGGCUCAAACAAAGCAAGAAAAAGAGGGAGAAGAUUGCUCUUUACUGCCCUUAGUUCAUGAUAUUAUCAAAUGCAUGGACAAAGACAGCCAGGAUGUCCACCAGGAGCUAGCCAAGCUGAAGGCGAAAAUCCAGGAGGCGCGGGAACAGAUCUCCGCCAUGCCGGGGAUCGACAGCAGCCCGGCGGAGCAGCAGCAGCAGCUGGCCACGCUGCGGGAGCAGGUCCGCACCAAGAACCAGCUGCUGCAGAAAUACAAGAGCCUGUGCAUGUUUGACGUGCCCAAAGCAUCGUGAAGAGCCUGGGGGCUGCACAUCUGCACUGACUGUGGUAAACUGGAGGAAGGACUGUAUUCCUCCUCAUCGUCACCUCUGGAGCAGAUCAACGUUUAUUUAUACUGAGAGACUUUUUUUUUUUUUUUUUUUUCAUGAGCGAGGACUUCAUGUGUCCAAAUGGCCCUGUUGGACGACAUUUUCAGCUCUUGUCAGUGGCCUUAUACCAUGUAGUUAAUCGUCUUCUUUGUGCUAGCCAUGCGAAACUGUUUAAUUUCCCUAUAAUAUAUAUUUUGUAAUAAAACGAAGUUUUCAUAAA